AUGAAUAAAAAUUUGAGUUGCCUGUCCGCCUUGCUCGUCUCUGCCGUCCUCCUGCUCAACCUCCCCCCGGGUUGGUGCGGCUGCUACAAGCGCAUCUUCAGCUUCGGCGACUCCAUCAUCGACACCGGCAACUUCGUCCACAUGUCCGGCAACGGCUCGUCCCGGUACAAGGAGCUCCCCUACGGAAUGACGUUCUUCAAGAACGCGACCGGCCGCAUCUGCGACGGGCGUGUCCUCGUUGAUUUCUACGCGCAAGCGUUCCAGCUGCCGAUGAUACCGCCGAACCUGCCGGAGCAGGACUCGGGGCGCUUCCCGAACGGCGCCAACUUCGCCGUGGCCGGCGCCACGGCGAUGCCCCCGGCCUACUACCGCAGGUGGAACCACAGCGUGCCGAUGCCGCACAGCCUGGGCGUGCAGAUCGGCUGGUUCAAGGAAAUGCUGCAACGCCUAGCUCCCGGGGACGACGACGGUGCUAAGAUCAGGCAGCUUCUGAACGAGUCUCUGAUCGUGCUGGGCGAGAUCGGCGGCAACGACUACAACUUCUGGUUCUGGUUCGGCGAUGCCGCCAAGCCUCGCGAGCAAGCGAACCAGUUCAUCCCGGACAUCGUCGCGUACAUAGGCUCCUCCGUCCAGGAGCUCAUCGGCCUGGGCGCGAGGUCGAUCUUGAUCCCGAACAACUUCCCCAUCGGCUGCGUGCCGUCGUACCUGAGCAUGUUCUCCGGCAGCAGCAACCCCGCGGACCUCGACGAGCACCGGUGCCUCCGGUGGUUCAACGACUUCUCCACGCGCCACAACCAGGCGCUGCGCGGCGAGGUCGGCCGGCUCAAGGCGCGGAACCCCGGCGCGAAGCUCAUCUACGCCGACUACUACGGCGCCGCCAUGGAGCUCGUCAAGCACCCGGGCAGGUUCGGGAUCGGCAAUCCCCUGGUCGCGUGCUGCGGCGGCGGUGGACCGUACCACACGGGCGCGGCGUGCGCCAGGACGGCCAAGGUCUGGGGCGACCCGAGCGGCUUCGCCAACUGGGAUGGCGUGCACAUGACGGAGAAGGCGUACCAGGUCAUCGCCCAGGGAGUGCUCAACGGCACGUUCGCCGACCCGCCAUUGCUGAGUUGCUAG